UUAUAUUUCCGCUGCUUGCUAUUCUUAUAUUGCAACUGAUUGAUUAGCUAUGCGUAACGGUACUAUAAUAACGAUAUCGCGUGGGGUUUAGGCAAGCCAAUCGAAUUUGAUGGAUCUCAGCACUGUAGGUGCUGUUGUCGAGGCUCUGGUUGCAACAUACGCAGCCGGCCUAGAAUACUACACCAAAUGGCAACACCGAAAAUGGCAGGAGAAUCACUACGAGAAUCAUGACAGAGGUAACCUGGGCCGAACCAAUACGUGUGCUUUAAGCACGUCUUUGAGUUUCUCCCCAACCAAAAUUAAGGAGGCAUUUGAUAGCGGGGUAGACAUCUUCGGCACUGGAUUCUCUGUUGGAGACGAUAUAUGCCGCGAGAGUUUAGAACGCGACCUCGAACGUCUACAGGAGCGCAUAUAUGUUCUACGCAAAGCCACUCGUGCCGACAAUGGCUCACUUGAGCUAUUCGAAGCUAUUCGUAUAUCGGAAAGUGUUCGUAUCUCCUGUUUGACCGCCCUCGCUAGCCAAUAUAAGCGAGUUGCUGUUGGCCGUCUGGUGCCACAAAUCCUGCCCGGAGUCAAACGGCGGUCGAGACUUAGUGUUAUAACAUCUGAAGAAGAUAUGGGCAAUCCAGCCGUUAAUAAUAACAGUAGCGGUAUUGAUGGCGACGCAGCCGGGUACGCACAGUCAAAAUACCGCGGAGAAAGCCCUACCAAGCCGCCGAAUUCUCAAUCAGAACCCCCGUCCCCGCCACUGACUCCCAAGCAAAUUCCAGACGAUCUACAAUCAAUCCACACAACAAUCACUUCUGAUUAUGGUCCGCAACCAAAAAAUAGCGUAUUUAGCAUGUUUUGCCCUGAGGCGUUAGGAUAUCAAGUCAAUCUUCGAAAGGCAAUGCCAGAAAACCAGAACUGCAGAUGUGGAUAUGAUUGGAACGGAGUGCAGACCAAAGAUAAGACCGCAUUCAUACUGAAGGAAGGGUUUGAGAUUACAGCCCGAUUCCUUGGAAAAUCCCAUUGCGACGGCGGGUUUGGGUGCGUUUUAUGUACAUCAAGCGGCAGAACAGAGAAGUACGCAAGGGUUGAAGAUUUGAAGGAUCACAUAAACGCUUCUCAUACCAAGUGGCAAUUGCUUCACGAUCAAGACAUGGCCGGCCAAUACGUAGGAAGUAGCAGUUCGACGGCCUCCCCUACGCCAUCAAGUUGAUCACCGUCUUGACCAAGUCCUUUCAUGUUUAUUUUCUGGUUGUUUUAGCAAGCGUUGUGGAAGUUUCGGCGUCGGUAUUAGCUCUUCUGGUUAUGUUAUUAGAGAUACCCAGGAUAGUAGCUAGUUGGAAGUCAUCAUAAACAAAAUCAUGCGUAUUUAUAUGUAUAUCUUUAGAAAUUCCUGUCGAGUCCUCGCCUUUCACUAUGUAUUGUCCAUGUAUAUACCCGAUCUCGUUAUUUUGGUCAUUACUCUAGGUUGCACCUCACCCUCGACGCGC